GGUUUUGUCACCACAAUACUAGAACUGAUUGUUUGCAAUCUCAUUUCGGAAAAACCUAUUUCUGACCUCAUUCUUUCUUAACGUUAACAUUGGUCAGAUACCUUUGUUGAUCUCGUCUUUAACAUAUGAACGAAUCAGCAACUAGGGAUAUUAUGUUUUAUCAGUCGGUAUAACAACAACAAUAAUGGAUCUGUUAAUUUUUGAUAUUUUUUAAGACCGAAUACUUACUUGCUACUUUUCAUAACAGAAAUGCUUUUAACUGGGAAUGCUUUGAAACUCCAUUGAAAGCAAAAUUUGGGAUUCGGAAAACAUAUUUUCUUGCAAAUAAUGCUAAAAUUUGUGUUAAAAAUUAUUUGUGAAAAAUUAAAAAUUCUGUUUUCCUCAGCUAUUCUUCCAUAAUUUUCGGAAUUUGCUGCUUAACAAUGUUUGGAACAAAUUGAAAUUUUGCUUUGAUAACGACUGUGGAUAUGUACAUACAUAUUAUGAAUGUAUGCAGACCUGCAUUAAAUCCAUUGUGUCAUGGUAUUUUUACUUUCAUAUGCAAAGUGGAAUAAGAGUUAUGAAUGGGUUGCCUACGAAUAUAUUCAUUUUAUGGCAUUUAAUAAAUUCAGACAAUAGACAAGGCAUUUUGGUUUUGAAUGAAGCGGCAAACAUAUGGAAUCAAUAACUCUUACCACAAGAUUCAACACGACGGCAAAGCGAAAGCCAGAAGCUAACAAAAGCUAUAUACUCCUAUAUAUCUGUAUGUACUAUAUCAGUAUAUUGCAAUAGAGGCAACGAAACUGGGUCAACAACUCAUUUAGCGUAGUCAUAUUGCUCGCCGCUCUGGUUCGGCUUCGAGAUUGCCUCUGCGGCCGUGGCUAUGGCAACGUUUUAUUAGAAAUUUCGAGGUUAUUACCACUUUGAUUUCCACAAAGUAGCGCAUUCCGUAUCGAACAGCGAACAGCGCUUGGAUAUUAAUAUCGACUACCGCUGGUGCAACAACUUGCAAUAGUGCCUACAUACCGUUACGAAGUGCAAUGAAUUUCCGAAUUUAUUUACUGUUACUUGCAAUAUUUAACGCAAUGCAACCGCAAUGUUGCCAAUUAAGCGCCAUUGCUGAGCGACAGAAACGUUGGGUACCGGCGUUGAUAUAUCCGCCGACCGCCCCGACGCGUAUACAGUUUAUUGCAGGUAUUGGUAUACCAUUGGAGGACUUACUCUACGAAGCGAUGACCACCGGUUAUGUACUCAAGGCGGAAUAUUUUCUACCCGAUAAUGUAACGCGUCUCUACACCAUAACACGCAUGCCAUUUACGGCACGGGAACUGACGAAAUUCGAACGCUUUCUGGCGAAGGCGGAUGAGUGGAAGCGUUAUGCCGCUUGGGAGCAACACUUGGCGGAUAAUCGUAAGGUGUUAUCCAGCUAUAGAUGGUCCAUCUACAAAGCGCUCGAAGGCUUAGCGUCACGCAUUACACCUUCGGGACGUGAUUGUGUGUUGAAGAGCAUUUGUGAGGCCGCAGAGACGCCAUUUCAUUAUGGUAAUGGCUUAUUUGGCGAAUUGUUGCACAUAUUGUUGACUCCCUCCUCCUCGGUGGACGAAUUGUCGGAGCAUGCGGAUAAUGAAUAUUUUUACGCCGAGUCGAUUGGACGUUCCGGUGCUGAUUGCAGACUGGUUUUUAAGGGAUGUCAGAAGUCAUUGUUGGAACAUUUCUCGGAUGUAAGCACUUUUCAGGAUAUGAUAACGAAACAGCUAGGGCAAUUUGGUUAG